UGCAGCCUGAAGACAUCCGUUAAGAGCAAAUUCUUAUCCCUGUGUUAGUUAUACCUUCUAAAUCACAUCAGGUGGCGACGAAGUACUAUACUGACCUAUGUUUACAUGGCUAGUGUCCGGUGUCUGCACUUUGUGUUUAGCGUGGCUUGGCACAGCGACGUUUUCAGAUCAGGAAAAUGAGGAAAAUGACCAUGGUGUGGCAGUCUUUUUUUCUAAUUAUAUGUUCACAAACAGUUGUCUUUGCGCAGAAAGGUAAAAGGAAGAUUUUUGGUUCAAGUCAGCCUGUCCAUUCUUUUCUUGGAGAGGAUGUGUUGCUUCCUUGCCAGAUUUCUGAAGCAGUGAGUGCUGUCAAUAUGGAAGUGCGUUGGUACAAAGAGCGCUUUAACAGACCUGUUCACUUAUAUCAGUUUCAUAGGGACUGGCCUGAAAGGCAGGCCCGAGAGUACCGAGGUCGCACUGAGCUAUUCAGCAAAGAGCUACAACAUGGAAAUCUAUCGCUGAGGUUGGAAAAUGUCCAAAUACUGGACAGUGGAAUUUAUUCUUGCUUUGCAGAGGACAGAUCAUGGUACGAUGAAGGAAAGAUAGAACUAAUUGUUGGAGCACUUGGGACACAACCAACAAUCUUCCUGAUUCCACUGAAAAAUGAUUCAAACAUAUUGGGGUGCAGAUCAACAAUGUGGCAUCCAAAACCCAAAUUUGUCUGGAGGGACCAAGAUGGAAGAAACAUACAACACUUGAGAAACUUCACUGGUAAAGAAGAGGAGGAAGAGGACCGAGAUGGAUUUUUAACUGUGAACACUUAUAUUGGUAUAAAGAAAGAAUUUAAUGUCUAUUCGUGUUUGGUCAGAGGCAGAAUACAAAGUUUGGACUGGGAAUCCAAAAUGCACAUUUCCAGAGAAUUCUACCCUGGAGUGUCUUACUGGAUGCUGGUGGUCUUGUCAGUGUUGGUUUUAUUUCUAGCUGCAGUGCCGUUUAUCACCUUGGAAUGGAUAAAGAUGAAAAAAAAAGAAAAAAAAUGUGACAACAGAGCCAAUUUCUAUCUUGCUUGUCAUCUCUCCAAGGAACUGGAUGAAGUGAGAUCUGUCCGCAAAUCAGAGUGGAAAUGGAUCAGCAGAUUUGCAGUGGAUAUCAUUUUGGAUCCUGACACAGCUCAUCCUAAAUUCAUCAUAUCAGAGGAUUGUAAAAGAAUGAGACGUGGGGAAGAAUGGAGAGAAGUUCCUGACAAUAGCGAAAGAUUUAAUGAGCGGCGUUGUGCUGUUGCAUCAGAAGGCUUCAUUUCAGGUCAAUGUUACUGGCAGGUGGAUAUGGGUGAGAACAGAGGCUGGGCUUUGGGAGUCGUUAAAGCAUCUGCAGAAAGAAAGGGUAAUCUGAAAAUGACUCCAUCCUUAGGUUACUGGGUCCUGUGGCAUGAAAACAAUUUAGUUAAAGCACUGACAGAAGAACGAACAGAGCUGUUUGUGAAUGUGGUGCCAAAGAUAGUUGGUGUUUAUUUGGAUUAUGAAGAACGACAAGUUUCUUUUUAUAAUGCUGCAAUCAGAUCCCACAUCUAUACUUAUGUGGGUAUGGAUUUUGAUACAGAAGAGAAACUGUUCCCACUUUUCUACCUGUGGGACUGGAGAUCAGACCUUACCAUUCUUGCAGUAAGUAGUGAACUUCAAGCAGAAGUUGCCCCGAUUAGAGAGGCAAUACAGACUGAUCAAUCCUAAUGUGGGGAAAGGGAAUGAGUUACUGUAUUAUAUUUUUUUCUAUGUACAUAAAAGAUUUCUUUAUAGAUCCUUUUGCUGUUAAAUGAAAGCCCAGGAUAUGGUAUAUUUGCAGCUUAACCACUAUAGUGUUAGACCCGAGCAUCACUCUGGCUGUAAAAGCAGUGCUAAAAACGUUAGUCCCGAGUGACACUCAGGCAACGGUAUAGAUGUGUCGUACGUAACCAUUAGACCUGAGGAUUAUUUGAGCUGUAAAAUUGCCAAUAGCAUUAGUGCCAAGUGUAACUCGCGCAAUGGUAUAGGCAUGUCUUGCACAAGUGUCAGGCCCAAGCGUUACCCAGGCAACAGUGUAAAGGCGUCUUCUCGUAGCCUCAUAAUGGCGUCUUGUAAGAAACGCCACUCAUCAGCAGUGAUCACAAAGUGAAUCUGUCUUCAGGCAGUGAAAAUGAAAGGUCGGUGAAACCGAAACUGAAUAUGGUGAAUCCGAAAGUGACACUCGUGUCACUCGCACAUGUGUCGUGUGCUAUUCAUAUUAAUUAUAAUUAUUAUUCAUCAUUAUUAUUAUUUGUAUCACUAUUAUAAUUUCUAUACUUCUGACUUUGCACAUUCUACAGUAAAAGAUGAGAUUUAAUAAAAAUUACAUUUUUCAAGCCAAAAAAUGCAAGGCUGUAACACUAAGAAGGUUAAAUUGAUCUGGUUUCAUAUAAAACAGCAAGUAGAUUUCUAAUUACAGAUGUAUCAUACAGUGAUGUAAAAAAGUGUAUGUCCUCUUCCUCAUUUCCUGUUCUUUAAACUUAAUGACCCUCUGGAUAUUUUCAGGUCCUCAACUAAAUUUAAUAUUAGAUAAAAGUCAUAUAGCUGUAUUUUUAAUUUAUUUAAUUUAUCUAAUUAAUAAAGUUUUCAAACAAUGUAAAAAAAAACAUGCAUCCUAAUAAAGUCAUGUCAUUAAAAGGGAUAAUUAUAGUAAACUCCUUAAACACAGCCAGGCUCUUCAAUAUAAACUUCAGUUUUUUUGUCCUUUACCAUUUGAAUCAAGUUGCCUGCACAGAGAGUCAAACACAUAACACUAUGUUCAGAGGAAAUUCCUAAAGUGAUCAGUUAACAAACUUGUUAAGAUUGUGUCUGUGUGCUUAAAAAUGGCUACAAAUCCAUUUCUAACGACCUGGAACUACAACAAGCCAUGAAAAACAAUAGAAACAGUAGUGACUCUUCACAGUAGCAUUUCUUCAUGGGCACAGGGCUUUUUUUUAAAAGUAGUUGCCAGGGUUUGGUUAAGAACAGUGUUAAUGGACUUCCACAGCAGACAUUUUAUAGUUGGCACUAGUUCAGUGGUAUUUUUCAGACCUUCACAUUAGUCUCUCAGCUGGAUUUGUGCUCUAAUUACAUGACAGGAAUAUUAUUAUAGAGCUAAAGGAAACUUUAAACAUUCUGAUUUCAACCUUUGCACACUUUACAUUUUACAUUUUAUUUUAAUCAUAAAACCAAACAUCAAUUGCCAAGUGGUACACCAGUCUACCAGUUUUGCAUAAUGGGCAAAAUCCAGCCAUUUCCAAUCUACUGCCAAAGAUCAACUACAUCACUAACGGGAAUUGUUGCCAAUUGCCCCUACCUGGUUGCUAGUGAAAGCCUAGCAACUGUUAAUGUUGAGUGUUGAGUGUGAUUAAUGGUGCUUGUCUUGUGGAUCUCUUGCUAGAGAAGUAGCCACACCAUUUUCGAGGUUAACAAUAUACCAGCUUGCACUUUUGGGCAGUAGCAGUGGCAGGAUUGCAUAAAUGAGUGGGCUGAAAUUUGUCAUAAAUGGACCUAACAUUAUUUUUAUUAUUGUUAAAUAUACAUCUCUUUAUUUUAAAAAAAAAUCUUGGCAGGGAGACGAGAUGUAAUCUUCUCGGAAGACACUUUGACAUCCCGCGAGAGACACUUUAAUGUCAUGUGAGACAAGGCAGUGAGACAGAAGGACUGUUGCUGUACAGGCUUUUAAAUGAUCGACAUGCAGCGCAACAAGCAGAAUACACACCUCGGCAGCAGCAGCACAAAGCCAGUAGCUGAUCCGUCUGCUUCUCCUUAGCAUCCAUUCAGCUCCCCCCCUUCACAAUGUGAGUGGCAGAGACGCAAAGUGGCAAAAGGACAGCAGCUAUACAGGCUUUUAAAUGAUCAACGCAAGCGUGACAAGCAGCGAAUGAUCCAACCGCAUCUCCUUAGCCUGUGUUCAAAACCCCCCCUUCACAACGCGAGCAGCGUUAUAUGUCCCGCAAGAAAGAGAUUUAACCAUGCCCGGGGCAAGAAAUAAAGGAUAAAUAUUGUUUUUACAAAAGUUUUAAAGUAAAAGUGAAAAUAAUGCCUAUGUAACAAUUCCCAUAAAAAUAACAAUAUCUUUAAAUUCUAUAUCCAGUAAACCAAACCCCGGGGUGGGCGAGCAGAGGGCAGAACCCCAUAGUUUGUUAAAAAAAACAUUUUAGAAUUCCAGUUAUACCAACGUGAGCAACGUCAUCAGUUUUUUGUUGUGCUGUUUUGUUUGUUUUGUUUUUUUUUUACACUUCAAGUUUGAAUGAGUCUUGCUUACACUAAUUUAAAUCCAGUUACAAAUGGUGAAAAUAAGCUGCCUGCCUACCCUUUGAUGAUAGCUUCAAGAUACCAGCCUAUCACAUGAUGCAAAUGACCAAGUUGUAUGCCUGGUUUGUGCGUUUCAAGUUGCGGAAUCUAAAAGAGAAUCUGUUAUCAAUUAAAUUAUCCCCAAAAUGCUCAGAUGGCAUCCUUCCAUAUCCUGUAUUCCAACCGCAUAUUUCUACAAUGAGUCACAAAGCUGUGUGUCUUACCAGCCUUAACAGAAGAUAGAAACUUUAUUACCGAUAGAGUUGAUGAUUUAUUAAUAUCAGACAAAUCCGUUACCUUUGCCAGGUCAUUGUCAUUUGACAAUUAAGUGUUUGUAGAUUAUUCAGCAUAUUCAGUAGUUGUGCUGGCCCCACACCUAUCAACCACAGUUAGCAGUGGGAUUUUCACUUGCCACUGGGGGUGCAUCACCAAAAUUUUCAGUGCAGACCUCAGGCUGUAGGAGGUUUUGCAGUUCUGUUAGUUUCUUCUCACUAAUAAAGCCUUAAAGGGUUGUUUGUUGCGGCAUCGCUCAUGAAUAUCUUACCUUGUUUACGUUUCCCUCGAACAACAACAACAUUUAUUUAUAUAGCACAUUUUCAUACAAAUAAUGUAGGCUCAAAGUGCUACAGGACCUACCCACACCACUAGUAAAUUCAGUUACUGUUAUAUUUUUUUCAUUUAAUUUCUUCUGGUAGCUCACUCAUGUGCCUUGCUUGCACCGCAACUUGCUCCAGUUACUAGGGCAACCUUUCCCAUUUUUUUGGGUCUGUCACCUGUUGGUAAUUGCAGCAGUGGGUUUAAAUAGCCAUCCACUUUGCCUUAUCUUUAUCUGAGAUGCAGAUAACAAAAACUUUUGCUAAACCUAUCGCAAAGAAUUAAAUAAAUCAACUUUAAUAGUGAUAAAGUAACACUGGCAGUUUAUAAUUAUUUGAUAUUUUAAUUGAUGGAUAUUUUUUUGUUUGUUUUAAAAGAAAAAAAUUAAAAAGCUAAACUAUAAAACAGGGUUGGCCAGUUACAAAAAGUGGAAUAAUAAUAAUUCUUUGCAUUUAUAUAGUGCUUUUCUCACUACUCAAAGCGCUUAGCAAUUGCAGGUUAAGGGCCUUGCUCAAGGGCCCAACAGAGCAGAGUCCAUUUUGGCAUUUUACGUGAUUCGAACCGGCAACAUUCCAAUUGCCAGUGCAGAUCCCUAGCCUCAGAGCCACCACUCCGCCAAAUGGGCACAGGCCCACCCUGGUGCUGCACCUGUUUUUGAGGAACACUUUUCAACCAUAUAUAGUCAUAUUUUUUUGUGCUUUCAAAAUUGACAUUGUCACAAAAGUUUUCUAUUAUGCAAUGUGUGUACAGUCAGGCCUUUGAGUGAAACUACAAUAACCUGCAGGAAAUUAAUGACCGUUUCUCUAGGCCAGCAACCAGUGUUCUAAUGAGAUGCCUUUUAAUAUCAUUUUAGGGUUAAAAUGUCUGUGUAAAUGUUUUUUUUCCUAGAAAGGUUGGAUAAAAUAUGUCAUAUAUAGGAAAGUUUAUUAAUAGAAUUUUAAAUAUUAACUCAGUUUAAAUAGUGUUAAAAAUUGGACUAACUUCACAGAACUGUUGCAAUUGUUAAUUACCUGCAGAGGAUUUGCUGUAUGCUGAAAUUUUGAUCAUGGAUAGAUUUAUAGGUUAGUUACCUACUUUUUAUAAGGCAUUUUUGAGACAAAAGGUUAUACAGAAAUCUUUGUGUACAUAAUUGAAGAUGAAAUAAUUACCAUGUUUUUAUCAUAUAUUUCAUGAUAUAUCCACAUUCAUAAUACAUACACAGAACAAAAAUCAGCCAAUUUAAGCAAACUUUCACUUUCAUAGGAAAUACCUUUUAUUUUUAAAGAUUGUUUGUUAGUAAAAUUUGCAACCACUGAACACCCCCAGGACCAGGAACUCCCAUAAUCUAAGAAUUUUAGAAAUGGGAAACUUGGAAAUUCAAUAAAAUAUGAAAUUCAGUAAAAUAUACAAACUAGUUACCAAUUUAAAGAAUCACAGCAGUGUUGCCCAGCCCUCUUUAAGUCUGUGGUUUAGGGGUUGGGAGGGGGUUGGUCCUAUAGCACAUCAUAAGCAUGACAACUAGCCCCAAGAUGACAAAUUCUUCUUGAAAAUGCAGUGUGAUAUACUCAAGUGCAACAUUCGAACUGUAAGUUUCCUCCUUUAUAAAUGAGGCAUGAUUUUGUUGCUUGGAAUGUAUUUUACUGUUAUUUUUUCCACUCCCAUGUUAUUUAUUGCCAUUUUGUGUACCUGAUAUCUUGUGUUGCUGUUAUAUGGCAUAUGUGAUGUUACUGCAUUGUUAUUUGAUGAUAUUCUUUUUUAUGCUAUAAAACAUUAUGGCACCAGGAAGCACAAACCUGAUUUUUAAGACCAAAACUCUGAAUAUCAUUCUUUAUUCUAAAUCCAAAAUCAUCGUUUAUUUAUUUUAUGUUUGUAUGUAUUUAUUUAUUUUUUAUGUUUUCUUUAGUUUUUGUUUUGAAUUCAGUUUUGUUAAACAGCUUUAUUUUGUUUGGUUUUCAGUACAGUAUAGCAACUUUAUUUUGUUUGGAAAUGUUUUUUAGUGUCUUAUUAAUUGUUGUAACUGUUAACUUUGUUUUAUCUUUGUGCUACAAACACAUCAGAUUGCCAAGCAGUGAAUGUACAGAAUCAAUUCAAUGGACAUAUCAUUUUUGGUGUUCUUUAUAUUUUGCAUCUUUUUAUAUGACACCUACACUGUUAUUGGUAAGUAAAUCUGUGUGUACCUUAUUUCUUUGGAUACCUCACACAUGUUUUGUCACUAGUAAUAUGGAAUUUAAAUAUUGCUUCUGUUAUAGGUCAAUUUAGUAAAACGCAAAACAUGAAAUUCUAUUUCUUAAUGCCUUUUUUCUCAAUGAAUGCUUAUUUUAUGUAAGUGUAUUUAAUUUUAUAAUGACACAAAGGUUCAGUGGCAGUUUACCUCAGAUAGUAUAGUACUAGCAGCAGAUCAAGACUAUAGAAUAUGUAGCACAGUACUAAGAGGAGAUCAUCCUGAGGCCUAAAUGCUGUCUCAGAUUAAUACCAAGUUUAACUAAUCUGCAGCUAAUCUUGUUUUGGCUUUGCAUUACUCCUCGGUUUGCUCAGCUGGCCAUCUGAUCACUCAUUAAUAGCAGUGCGAUAGAAAUUAAUGUCCCACCCUCUCUCAAUUGAAGAAGUGCCGCCACAAAUUUUGCUUAAUUUAAAGGGACAAAGCACAAGGGAAAAAGUUCAUCCUCAUGUAAAUUUAUUAACAAAUAAUUGCAAUCAGAAGGCUGCAUUGAUUAAGACUGAAAUGAGUAUCACAGUCAUUAUUGUAAACGUUAUUUAAUUAGAGAGUAUGAAAAAGCACUGAAAUCUUUUUAUGUUAGGAAAAUCAUAUCUGAAGCCUGAGUAUCUCUCUGUAACUCAUUUCCCAGUUACCUACAUAAUAUAGAAGAGUUCAUACUUGUCAUUCAUUAUGUACCCAGCUUUUCCUAAUAGUCAAAAUAAUACAAAAGCCACUAAUACAUAUAAAAUACCUAGUCAGAAGCUGGAUGAUAUUUAUAAAGAAUAUCUCAUCACAGCACAGACUUCACAGUACAAAGCUGUAUGUAAAAUAUAUUGUGAGAGAUCUCAUAUCAGGUUUGGAACACACCCACUAAGU